CUGAGCAGGACUUCGUUUUGAGCAAGAUGCUGACUCGAGCUGUGGCCCGCGGCGCAGCCGCCCGCGCUCCGUCGAUGCGUGCGGUGACGUGUGCGUCGUUCUCGACGGACUCUUCUGUAAAGAAGCCCACCUUCAAUGAAGUCGUGGACAAGGCGGCGAACCUUUUCUUCUUGGGGGAGAUUGCGCGUGCGACCUGGUUGGCUUGGGAAAUCCACACCCAGAGAAAGUCGACGAUCAACUACCCGUUCGAAAAGGGUCAGUUGUCUCCCCGCUUCCGCGGCGAACAUGCGUUGCGCCGAUACCCCAGCGGCGAAGAACGCUGCAUUGCGUGCAAGUUGUGCGAAGCGAUCUGCCCCGCGCAAGCGAUCACGAUCGAAGCCGAGCCGCGCGAAGAUGGCGCACGCCGUACGACCCGCUACGACAUUGACAUGACCAAGUGCAUCUACUGCGGGUUCUGCCAAGAAGCGUGCCCCGUGGACGCGAUCGUGGAAGGGCCGAACUUUGAAUUCGCGACCGAAACGCACGAAGAGUUGCUCUAUGACAAGGCCAAGUUGCUUGCGAACGGCGACAAGUGGGAGUUUGAAAUCGCGCACAACUUGUCUGUGGAACAGCUCUACCGCUAAGUACGGAAGGAGCCAUAUAAUACUAAUGCAUUUAUUGUGCAAUUGACGA